UGUACGCGCAGUAUCGUCGCGCGCUCUGGAGAACGCGAGCUGAUUGUUAUAGCCUACCAUCUUAAAGCGUGUAUAAAAUUCACUAUUUAUCUGUGUUCAUAUUUUUUUUAAAACUGAUAUUCUCUUCGAAAGACAGUAACCACGUUUUAUAUUAGUAAUUAAUUCCGUGACGAUACUGCCAAGGAAUUUAACUGAAGUCUACACAACGCGAGUGGACUGUUUGUGGUGAGGAAGUUUAAAACUCGGCAAUGGCCAAUUGUCUGAGGAGAUAUCGCUGCCGGAUCCUGCUCUGCAUAUGUACACCAUGCAUACUACUUGGAUGCCUUUUCGUCUACAUAACAUUGGCUUUAUGUUUAGCCAUGGCUCACACCUACUCAUUUAAUGGGCAAAUUAUCAGGUCAGAACUAUCAGACAGAUUCUUUGUAGCCACAGGGUCCACAAAUUCCAGAAUGCUGGCCCCCUACCCAGUUCAGCCCUUUUGGAGAGAGGACCUGAGCAAAUUUGCAUUUUGGAACCUGAUCCAGCAAGUCAUGGACCGCCAGCAUAACCCCAUCCUUCACCCCUCAGGAAACAACUCCUAUAAAGUUAACAUCACAUCACUGAACCACAGCGGAUGUUUUCCAAGCUAUGAAGCAAUGUGGAGAAUGUCAGAUUAUGUCACUCUGCCACUUCAGAUGCAAAGAUUUGUCAUUUCUAUGCAUUGUAGAGACUACCCACUGCUCAUUGACCAGCCAGAAUUGUGUGCCAAAACAAAAAAGGCUCCAAUGUUGCUGCUGGCCAUUAAGUCACAAGUGCAUAACAUUAGGAACCGCCAAGCCAUCAGGAUGACAUGGGGGUAUUCGGGCCUGCAGAAGGGGCAGGUGGGGAAAGGAGGAUUGGUGCACAGGGUUUUUCUCUUGGGCAAGAUUGGUGAAAAACUGAGUGAAAGUAUUAAAAAAGAGAGUGAAAUGUAUGAUGACAUUAUAAUGUGGGACUUCAUGGACACAUUCUUUAACCUGACGCUGAAGGACGUACUGUUCUGGGACUGGUUCACAAAGACCUGCCAGAAUGCCCGCUUUGUGUUCAAGGGUGAUGAUGAUGUCUUUGUGAGGACGCCUGCUCUCCUAGAUUACUUGGAGAAGCAGGAAAAGCUUCACUUAAAAGGACAUGGGCACACCAAGAAAAUGAAGGAUUUUGUUGUUGGGGACAUUAUCACCUCUGCAUUCCCUCUGCGCACGGAAACCAAUAAGUAUUUCAUCCCUGAAAGUUUCUAUAAGGGCAUGUACCCAACAUAUCCAGGUGGAGGAGGGGUAGUCUACUCUGGUGCUCUGGUUCCCAGGCUUCUCCAGGUGUCCAGGAGAGUUCAUCUGUUCCCUAUUGAUGAUGUUUACCUGGGGAUGUGCCUUCAAAGACUGGGAGUCAUCCCCAUCGACCACCCAGCUUUCCUCACUUUUGACUUUAAUGCUAAAGAAGCGAAGGAGCCCUGUGCCCACCACACCAUCCUGCUGGUCCACAAACGCAGUCCCAGAGAAAUGCUACAACUAUGGACAGAGACCUUCAAACCAAGCACCAAAUGUAGGAACACAACCCUUAGAAAGGAAGAAACACAGCAAGAGAUACUUUUAGAAUGAACCAGCUCUUGUCCGUGAAAACCAGGAGUGACUUGACUGGCUUUUGAAGUGAUCACUGACUGCUGUCAAAACCCUGUGUUUGUUAUUUAACAGGUUUUGAAAGGAAACAUUUCUCUCCAGACUUCAUUCACGAGUGCUGUGAAACAGACUGCAAACACAGCUCACUGCCAGAACUAAGUGUUAAUGAUUCUCUAUUGUGAACCUGAACACCAAGAACUCUGAAACAGCAAACCUUAAUAUAGUUUCUUAAAAUAUCUAUGUAUACACAGGUGUAGUGUACACUCAAACAUUUGAAGUAUUCAUUAAGUAUAGCGAUAACUCCUUCAUCUGUAAUUGAUGGCUUAGUCAGUGACCUCAAAAGACAGGGCUACAGUAUGUAAAGAGAGAGACUAAGGAUUGGAUGUGCGCAUGUUAAGAAGGGGAACCUUCAGUUGUCAAUAACACUAUUUUAAUUUGGUCAUAGCCACCUCUUUUGUGUGUAUAUUUAUAAAUGUCUGCAUUUGACAAUGUAUUUUACAUACUUGGAAAAACAUACAAUGGACAGAGUUCUAAUAAUCAGAAUUAUACCCAUGGUCACAAUGUAUGUAAGCUAAGCAUGUCAUUGUUUUUUAGAGCUUUUCAUAAUAAGAAUAAACAUGAAUUAUUUAACUCUUCUGGGAACUUGCUUUCAAAGCCAGAAAAUAUUCCCUGAAACAAAUAUUUUCAUGUAAUAGGCCAACACAGGUUUACAAAAUAAACAAAGUUUAUUGCCAUAUGUACACCAAUUAUAAUACAAAAAAAUCUUUUUGUCAACAAACCAGAUCAUCUUGAAAUAUAUAAUCCGAUAUGCAUAGAGAAUCCUUUAUAUGUUGUCGUUUCAAAGUCAAUUGAUCCACCACUGACAAUCUUUUUUAAUCUGCAUCUAAAGUCUGAUGUUUAACAUGAUUGAUUAAUGAAUUAAUUAUUGUAGGUGUAUAGAUACUAAUGACUUCAAAAAUAAGUGAAGGAACUAAAUUCACAACUUUUGUAAAGGUCAUCACAGGAUGAGAUGUGCAGAAUUCGCUAAAUGUUCUCUGCUCCUUCCUCAUCUUUGUCCUCCUCUUCUUCAUCUGAGUCUUCAUCACUCUCACUGUACUGCACAGUGG